CCUGGACGCUUCACCUCUCCUCCGUCCUCCUCCAAACCCAUUCACGAUCAGGCAGAUUGCCCUCUUUCUCACCGGCAAUUUCACGUUUGACAUCCCCGUACGACCCGGGGAAUAAUGAUCUGACGCCAUAUCGAGCCCUCCCCUCUUCGAUUUCCGAGUUGCGAAACGAGUCCCUGAAAGCUCUCGCCGCCAAAUUCCCCGCAGUGGUCCGCAGAGACACUGCUGCAUCCCAACUUCGAUUCUAAUAAUUACUGCGGAGGCGCGACCGGGUCGUCGCUGAAGCCCGUCACUUAUAGAGAUGGCGAUGAACAGGAUACGAGGGGCCUUUGCGGUGCCCAGAAAAGGAGAAACGUUUGAAUUGCGAGCUGGUCUUGUAUCCCAGUAUGCCUACGAACGAAAGGAGGCCAUCCAGAAGACUAUCAUGGCCAUGACCCUGGGCAAAGAUGUUUCGGCCCUUUUCCCCGAUGUUCUCAAGAACAUUGCCACGACGGAUCUGGAACAAAAGAAACUUGUAUAUCUUUAUCUCAUGAAUUAUGCCAAAUCUCACCCGGACCUUUGCAUUCUCGCCGUGAACACUUUCGUACAAGAUUCCGAAGACCCCAACCCUCUUAUCAGAGCAUUGGCUAUCCGGACAAUGGGUUGUAUCAGAGUGGAGAAGAUGGUUGACUACAUGGAGGAGCCUCUCCGCAAGACCCUCCGCGACGAGUCGCCCUAUGUCCGCAAGACUGCAGCGAUUUGUGUGGCGAAGCUUUUUGACUUGAACCCUCCUAUGUGUCUUGAGAACGGCUUUCUUGAGAUGUUGCAGGAAAUGAUUGGUGACCCUAACCCCAUGGUCGUCGCAAACUCGGUCACCGCACUCUCUGAAAUUUACCACGCUGCCCCUGAGACCCAAGCGCUUCAAGUAUCGUCCAACACACUGCGGAAGCUGUUGAUGGCACUGAACGAGUGUACGGAGUGGGGACGUGUCACAAUUCUCACAACAUUGUCGGAGUAUAAGACCUCUGAAGUGACAGAGUCGGAGCACAUUUGCGAACGAGUGGCUCCUCAAUUCCAACAUGCCAACCCAAGUGUGGUGUUGGCAGCCGUCAAGGUUGUGUUUUUGCACAUGAGAAAUGUUAACCCAGAAUUGGGCAAGACUUAUCUGAGAAAGAUGGCUCCCCCUCUGGUGACCCUGGUAUCUUCCGCUCCGGAAGUGCAAUAUGUCGCCUUGAGAAACAUCGAUCUGUUGCUACAGAAGCAAUCUGAUAUUCUCAACAAGGAACUCCGCGUUUUCUUCUGCAAAUAUAAUGACCCUCCUUAUGUCAAAUUCCAGAAACUCGAAAUCAUGGUUCGGAUAGCCAACGAUCGUAAUGUUGAUCAGCUUUUGGCGGAGCUGAAGGAAUAUGCCCUGGAAGUCGAUAUGGAUUUCGUGCGACGCGCAGUCAAGGCCAUUGGCCAAGUUGCUAUCAAGAUCGAAAGUGCCAGUGAAAAAUGUGUCAACACGCUUUUGGAUCUUAUCAACACCAAGGUGAACUAUGUGGUACAGGAGGCUAUCGUGGUCAUCAAGGACAUUUUCCGAAAGUACCCUGGCUAUGAGGGCAUCAUUCCCACGCUCUGUAAAUGCAUCGACGAAUUGGAUGAGCCUAACGCUAGAGCGGCCUUGAUCUGGAUUGUGGGAGAGUAUGCGGAGAAGAUCAGCAACGCAGGUGACAUCUUGGGCGGCUUCGUGGAUGGAUUCAACGAAGAGUUUUCUCAGACCCAAUUGCAAAUCUUGACCGCUGUUGUCAAACUCUUCUUGAAACGCCCCGAGAAAGCCCAAGGACUUGUGCAAAAGGUGCUUCAGGCGGCUACGGCAGAGAAUGAUAACCCUGAUGUUCGCGACAGAGCCUAUGUCUACUGGCGUCUUCUUUCCAACACAAGCGAUCCGGAUGCUACCAAGAACAUUGUGCUUUCUGAAAAACCUCCUAUUAAGACCACUAUUCAGUCUCUCCCUCCCCCUCUCCUUGAACAACUCCUCACCGAACUUUCCACCCUCGCCUCGGUCUACCACAAGCCACCAGAGCAAUUUGUUGGCCAAGGCCGAUUUGGAGCCGACGCUGUUCAACGUGCUGCUAUUGAGGAACAACUCCAGAACGCGCGCGAGAACCCACUGGCGGCGGCAGCAGCGGCGGCAGCCGUUACUGGCAAGACUCCCCCACCUCAAACUCAGAACAACGUCGAGAACUUGUUGGAUAUUGAUUUCGAUGGUGGAGCGCCAGCAUCUGCACAAAAGGAGCCAAGCAGUGGUAUGUCUGGUCUCGAAGGUCUUGCCGGUACGCCCGUUCGGGUCCAAUCUCCUGCGGCUGGUGCCCCAGCACCAAGCAACAACCUUGAUGACCUCCUUGGAGUAUUCGGAGACAGCGGAAAUGCUUCAAGCUCGACAAACCAAGGCGCUGGUGCCAGCGCAGGCGCAGACCUCAUGAACGGAUUUGAUGGUCUCGAUCUCUCUGGUAACAACAGCACCUCCCCACCGCCUGCUGGCAACCAAAAGAAGACGAAUGAGGAUAUCCUGUCGCUUUUUUGAGAGGAGAUCUAGUGGUUGCCUAGUGAAUAAAGCAUAAUAGUUAAAGGGAUCGAGACAGGAAAAUCUCAAAAUUUUCAUGCCCAAGAUAGAUAUAUGUUUUCCCUUUACA